UGUCGUCGUAUUCGGUUUCGUUGCAACGAUAAUUGUUAAACGGUGUAAACGGUGUGAAAUAAUGAUUGCUCCCCGAGGUUUAGCGUCAGCAACCUGUGUCCUGUCAUGGAUGGCACAGCUGAUGGUUAAGUAACUUCACUGCGAAGUUUCGCUGGAUUUCCAGUCUCUGGAAGAUGAGCACUGCUCCUCAAGUCCUCAGACAAGCAGAAGCUUUGAAGGCAACUGUGGCUGAUCCUAGCAAGAAUGUGUCUGAAGUUUGGGUAUCACGUCAAAAGCUGGAGGAUCUUUACAAGAAGCUGCUGAUAAUGGAUUUAGAAUAUGCUUUGGACAAGAAAGUGGAACAAGACCUGUGGAACCAUGCUUUCAAAAAUCAAAUUAACACCCUUCAAACUCAAGCUAAGGACAAUCAGAAUCCAAAAAGACUCGAAGUGCAAGCCAGCCUCAAUCUGUUCCUUGAAACAGCAAGUGGGUUCUACCUUCAGUUAUUACAGCUACUAUGUACGACCUUCAAGUUGGACCUGCCUUUCAGGCGGAAAUCUUCAGCUUAUGGAAUUAUAAAAGAGAAAAAUCCUUUAAAAGCGAAAAUCACUCCUCCCAAAAAGAACUCCUGUUUCUACAUCUGUCAGCAUUGCCUUGUUCAUUUGGGAGAUAUCGCUCGUUACCGCCAAGAAGUGGAUCAAGCACAAACGUAUUACUGGCAUGCUGCUAAUUUGGUACCAUCAAAUGGUCAACCCUACAACCAGCUGGCCAUACUUGAGGCAGCCCGUGGUAACAAGCUGACCACAGUGUUUUAUUACAUCCGCAGUUUAGCAGUGAGGCACCCCUUCCCUGUGGCUGCUACCAACCUUGAGAAGUUCUACAGCAAACUUGCCAAAGACUCGACUGACUUCAAAGGCAAGCUGUCGAUGAGUGAGCUUAUUGCGGCCUUUCUACAGUUCCACGCCCUCAUACACCUCAAAGCUGACUAUGAACGUGCUGCUUGUCUCUCUGAGAAGUUACUCACCAGCCUCCCAGCUCACGUGACCUCACAAAGUUUCUCCACUCCCAUGCUCAUUCAAAUUAUUGCCAUCAACCUGUUUACUAUGCACCACGCCAAACGACAAAUGAACGAUGGUUUCUUCGACUCCAACAGCCAACCUGACAAGCAGGAAGAGGAAAGUAAAGUGGAGGAGAAGGGAUUUGAUAUGGCGUUCAAUUUUACAGUUUUACUUCUGGACAUAUUGCUACAUUAUACUCCCAAGCAAGAACAGAAACUUCGAGAUUUUUUCACUUUACCUGCUAUCAAGAUACUUUUGGACUGGUUGUGGUCAGAUCCAGUUUAUUUCAGUAAUAAUUUCCUGAAAUCUUCGAGUGUCUGGUCAAAUUUGUCUAAAUUGCUGAACAUGGUACAAGAACAACCAGUGAACGGAGAAUGUCUUGACCUCUCACAAUAUUUUGAUGUCCCCUUACCUGAAGAUUAUGAUCUAAGGUGCUUUCAACCAAUUGAAAAAGCACACAGUAAUUACAGCUUUGAUGCCGAAACUGUUCCGACCGAGAUAGAAAUACAACUCCGAGCUUUACGCUUGAUUAAUCAUGGCAAAUGGAUUGUUGAGAAAUGUUCAGAUCUGCGGCUCUUAUCAAUGCAAGUGAACAAGUCUGGCCGACUACACUUUCAGUUCCCUGGAGGUCAGCAACCAGUGACACAGUACAGGACAUUGUACAUCAAUACCGCUGAUGGCAAAGAAAACAAAGGUGAUAUUGGUCAUUGUAAUGUUGACAAACAGUCAAGCAGACAAAAUGUUGCCAUCCAGGCAAUUAUCCAGAAACAGAACCAAAUCACUGACAAAAACUCACCUGACAAAGAAGUCAAAAACAUUAAUAAGCAAUUGAUGAAAAUUCCAACGGAUAACCAGAGCAAAGGGUGCAACAUAAACCCUCACCGUUACUUACUUGGUGUUCCGACUACCGAUCCCCAGUUCAUGAAACCUGGUGGCAACCGCCCAGUCUCCAUAGCUCCCACGCCGCAGUCCGUAAGCAAGGCCAAUGUUGCCCCACACCCGACAGCUCCCUCCCCUCUACCUCUGGAUCUUCUGCCCCCAUCUCCCACCCCGAACAGCGUCAACACGAACCAGUUUUCUUCAUCACUUCAGUAUAGAGGCCCGAGUCCAUCAUUUCCUUCCCACAUUGCUUUGUCCUCGGCAAACGUUCGACUACAGCAACAGCAGCAACUGCAGCAGCAGCAGCAGCAGCAGCAGCAGCAGCAACUGCAUUCUCAGCAAGCUCCGCAGCAAUCCUACCCUUCCGUCAACCAGACUCAGUUUCCGAGAAGAGGUCCUUUCCUGCCACAUCAAACAUCUCAGUCAUUCUUGCCGCCAUCAUCAAAGUUCCCCGCUGCAGUCCCCACUCAGUCUGCAAACAGUGGGGGACCCUUGAGUAAUCACCAGUUCCUGAAUUUUACAAACCAGCCUUCCCCACCUGGGCCGCCUGCUCCUCCUCACUACCCACAGGCUUUCGGCCCUUCGGCUGGCGAAACCCUGAAAGGGCAGAAGUCGUCUAGCAGUAUGCAAUGCCAGAAGUCGACGCCAUCACCCAUUGGGGGUCCAUUGAGUGGACCCCAACAGAACCCUUCUCCACAGCAGCAGCAAGGUUUGGGGCAAUCAGCAGCAGCAUCAGCAGCAGCACAGAGUCAAGUGCACCCAGACACUCUAAAUAAGUCAUUGCUGAACUCAUUGUCACAAAGUUUAGCCCUAUCUCUAGCCGAGGGUUGUUCUCCCACUGAGGACAUGGAACAUAGCGAGCUUCAACAACCGUGUGAUGACUUCACUACGGAUCCUUCAGACAUCUUGGGUGGUUUCUCUCAUUUAGUUGCUAUUCAGCCACCUAAACCCAGCCAGCUUGAUUUUCUAGCUUCUUCGAAACCCUUCCAAGGACACGCUGAAGGAGUUCCGAAACCUGACAGUCCCUUAGCAGCAUCAGAGAAAAGUUUACUUGGUACUGAAGGAGAAUGUCUGUCAGGUCCCAGUCAUGAAAUGAACUCACAACCUGGAACUUACUCCCUGUUUAGUUCCUCACCUUGGUCAGUCCAUAUCACUGCUGCCGGAGAUUCUAAGAGUCUGGGAUCAUCUCCGUUCUCAUCGCAGGCAAGUAGCAUCCGCAACUCACCGGACCCGUUAUCCGAGACCUACUGCACCGAAUCCAGCAUGGUGACCCCAACUUUUGCCAGUGGCUUCGGUUUCUCCUUUUCAUCUGCCAACGACCACUGGGGUUCUUCACCACCGGCCCCGGCACCUCUUCAGUCUACUCCACCUAAUGCUGCUGCUGCUGCUCCCCCCCCUCCAGUGCCCACAGGACCUCCUGGAGGAGCCACGUCGUCAUACUUAUUCCAGGGAAACCUCCAAUUCAGUGAUCUAUCUAUUUGCAUAACUAUUGAUAUAUCUGUAGAUUGA